UUGAAUUGAGUCUAAAUGUAACCCUCGCCAUUUUCAUGUCGCAUCAAACCUUCAACUCGAGCGCGGUGGUUUAACUCUCACACGAGCUGCUCAAUGGCUGCAGCAUCCACGCCGGCAUCGUCGCUGCUGCAUUCUUCUUGUUCUUCGUCAUCCGCCGGUAGGAGAAUCUCUUCGCCCUGUUCUUUCUCGAGCUCCGCAGUUGUAAUACCUAGGAAUGCUAUUUUUGGAAAAAUUGGAUGCGCUCCCCAGCUAGGGCUCAUUCCUUUUGCUCAGUGGAGCGGGCUGAAGUCGUCUGGCAUCUCAAUUUCGCGAUUUUCAGUGAAGCUGGAAAGGAAAGGAAAAAGGAAAAGUAGAGGAAUAUAUGCAUCUUUGUUUGGUGUUGGGGCACCUGAGGUUUUAGUCAUUGGUGUGGUUGCUUUGUUAGUGUUUGGACCUAAAGGUCUUGCAGAGGUUGCUCGUAACAUGGGCAAAACCAUUCGUGCAUUCCAACCUACAAUAAAGGAACUUCAGGAAGUCUCCAGAGAGUUCAAAAGCACCCUCGAGCGAGAAAUUGGUCUGGACGAUCCACUGCCCAGUAAUAAUGGCUCCAACACUACUCAAGCUGCAUCAGAUGGUUCAGAGGCGAAUGCAAAGCCUGAAACUGUAGAUCCCGUAGCACAGGAGAGGGCAGAUUGGCUCAGAGGAGCCCUCGACCAACUGCAGAAAGAGCAGGAAGAGGAGAAACAGCAGGAGGAGAUCGAAAAAGCUCAAAGCGAAGCUGAUUUGCGAACAACUUCCGAAGAUGGUCCCCAAGCUUCAGACAUGGCCGACGAAGAAGCUUCUUCAUCUUCGGUCUCUCCUCCCUCCGAGAAUCCCAACAAGAAGUCCCUUCAAGAAGCUGGUUCAGUCCCCCAAACGGAUACCACAGCCCCAAAGCUUGAAGCCGAAAUCUGAAAGAAUAAAGAAUCUUGUAGCAUUGUGAGUUUCUGCUUUUUAAAUUUGAGGUAAUUCUUUUACAUUAUAUGUAGCAUCUUGAUCUUGUGCAUGCAGUAAUUGGUUUGAUAUGAUUCUCCCAAUUUUGACUCCAUUUUAUGGUAUCCUCUAAUAUCUCUCUU